GGCGCCGCGGGCCGGGCGCGGAGCUGCGGGCUCGGGGGUGUGAGCGGCCGGGCAGGGCGCCCCCAGGAUGCUGCGGUUCCUGCGCAGGACCUUUGGCCGGCGGUCGAUGCAGCGCUACGGGCGAGGAGCCGGGCGCGGAGGGCUCGGCGGAGAGGGGGACGAGCGGGACGGAGGGCUCCGGGGAGCAGCCGCCGUCGGCUCGGGAGGCUUCCCCUCCUCGCCGCACCCCGGAGGGGUCACGCACAGCGCCGGAGCCCCCGUCCACAUCCCAGCGGCCGGCGGCAGUAAGCCGGUGCUGCAGUGCCGCGUCCUUCUCCUGGACGGGACCGAAGUCAGCGUGGAGCUGCCGAAAAAUGCAAAAGGACAGGAGUUGUUUGACCAGAUUGUAUAUCAUUUGGACCUUGUGGAAACUGAUUACUUUGGCCUACAAUUCAUGGAUGCUUCCCAGGUUACACAUUGGUUGGACCAUUCAAAAUUCAUUAAGAAGCAAAUAAAAAUUGGACCUCCAUACACGUUGCAUUUUCGAAUAAAGUACUAUUCAUCAGAACCAAACAACCUUCAUGAGGAGUUUACAAGGUACCUGUUUGUAUUGCAGCUCCGGCAAGACAUUCUUUCAGGGAAACUGAAAUGCCCAUACGAAACUGCUGUUGAACUCGCAGCUCUGUGUCUUCAAGCUGAGCUGGGAGAGUGUGAGCACCCAGAGCACACACCAGAACUCGUGUCUGAAUUCAGGUUUGCACCAAACCAGACCGAAGCAAUGGAAUUUGACAUUUUUCAGAAGUGGAAAGAGUGCAGGGGAAAGAGUCCAGCACAGGCUGAAUUGUGCUACUUGAACAAAGCUAAAUGGCUAGAAAUGUAUGGUGUAGAUAUGCAUGUAGUUAAGGGAAGAGAUGGUUGUGAAUACGCUCUUGGACUGACACCAACAGGCAUAUUGAUCUUUGAAGGAGCCAACAAAAUAGGCUUAUUCUUUUGGCCUAAAAUCACAAAAAUGGACUUUAAAAAGAGCAAGCUAACGCUUGUGGUUGUAGAAGAUGAUGAACAGGGCAGAGAGCAAGAGCACACAUUUGUUUUCCGGUUAGACAGUGCCAAAACGUGCAAACAUUUGUGGAAGUGUGCAGUGGAACACCAUGCUUUCUUCAGAUUGCGAGCCCCAGCAAAUAGCAAAUCUAAUAGAUCUGACUUCAUAAGGCUGGGAUCACGCUUCAGAUUCAGUGGGAGGACAGAGUAUCAAGCAACACAUGGGACCAGGUUACGCAGAACUAGUACAUUUGAAAGGAGGCCCAGCAAGCGAUACCCUUCUCGAAGGCAUUCAACUUUUAAGGCAAACAAUCCUGUGAAAGCAGCACAACUGUGUGCUAAAAAUACUCCUGAAGUCCAUAACUACCAGCCCCCUUAUCAUCCUAAUAUACUUCCUGCUCAGCCACACUGGCAUCCACAUACCCCUGUGAAUGUAAGGCCACCCUAUCAUGAUGACAGGCCAUAUUGGAAACCCCCCACAAGUGGAGAGGACAGCAAUUUACGAUAUAUCCAGGAACAGAACCAGAAGAAUUUAGGAGGCGUCCAAAGCAUGAUGUACCAAGAUAAACUCAUGACAACACUCUGAAAAACAGCCAUCUUCAUUUCACCUGCCAUCUCAGACGAUCAUUGCAUUCCAUGGUCCUUGUCUGUCUGCAGUACGUUCAAAGUGUAUUGUGCAUAAUGUGUGUGUCUUUGUAUGUACAUCCAUCCUUGUUUAGUGUUCAUGGACAUUCUUGGGAAAAGUAUUUUCCAUAUCUUUGUAAAAAAAAUCUUGAAAAACCUUUUGUGAAAGCUGGUGAGAAUUUCCAGUGCCCCGAGACCAGAAAUAUUUCUGGGGAUUUACAUUCCACCAUACUUUGGAACCUGUGACCCUCUGCCUGCUGGUGAAGAUCAGCCAUUUGUGCCUUAGUUAUUUUUUAUCACCUUGGGUUUUUUUGGGUCAAAUUAAUAGAUGAAGUUUGAGAAACUUUGCAGUUGACAUGCAAAUAGGAAUUUGGAGGGAGGGAAAAACAGAAUUCGCACUAGCAAUCAAACUGGCUUGUGGACCACCAACAAAGGGAGCCUACUGAGGUAGUCAUGGGUUUGGGUGUCUUUCGCUUUUAAUCUUCUGUGUUCUGCAGCAAAAAUAGAGGUGCUUGCAUAACUUAAAAACAAGUAUGGAGAAAGAACACUAUCAUAAACUUCAUGGAGUAUGUGUAUUCCUUUUUUGACUUACUGAUCAUAUUGAUAGCAUUCCCCAAAACCAUACCUGCUGCUAUAAAGGCAAGAAUGUUAAAAAUGGAUCCUUGCUGAAAGGGUGCUGCUGCCUUCUUAUUUGUAAUGUGAUUAUGGAAAUGAACUAUACAAUCGCAUUAAACUACCUACUGAUAACUUCUCUGAGUGGAUUAAAAAACACAGCUCAUAAUGGUACACUUCAAGAUGAGGACAAUCUGGUGAAAUAGCUCUAUUUUUAUAAAGUUAGGUGUUUGCAAAGGUGAAUGUACAUUUUACAAACCUAGGUCUUUAAAUAGGCUUGGCUGGUAUUUUGAUCACUUGCCGAUUAUUUUUUAUCAUAUUUUUAAACUGGAAAUCAUAGUGCCAUGUUCACUUGUGCAUCUGUUCUAAUUAGGCCUUGCCUCUGUGGUCUGUCUGAAGUUGUUGGAAUAAAUCUUCAUUUGGGAUAUUUUCAAAAUGAAGUAGUUUUUUACUUGAUUUUGAUAAGUACACGUUUAUAAAUGGCUAUAACUGAAUUUUUUUCACAGCAGAUUUCAUAGUGUUUAACUGUUUGUGAAAUAUAUUUGUUUACAAAUACUGUCUUUUAAUAUUUGUUUUGAUCUUUCCUGUUUGUGCUAAGUACAAAUAAAAUUUUUCAACCUUG